AUGCAAAAUAAAAAAUGGGUGGAUGUUUCUAUACGAAUUAUUAAAAUAUUUGUAUAUGUUAUUCUUUUCUGCACUGUCUUUUGCAGUGCUUUGAUUACUAAAUUUGUAAUUAUGUUUGCUAUAUCACAACUUACGAAUGAAAAGAGUGUACAGUUUUGUGAUUAUUAUUCAGAGUAUAAUCAAGAACUAGAAGUAAGAAUUUCUAAAAAAGGCAAAGUAAUUUGGACAUGGUAUAUUAUCUUUAUGUUUAUUAUACCAGAAUGUUUAACUAUUUUUUAUGCAAUAUGGGAUUUUCUUUUCACAAAGAAAACAAAAUUACCUACAAAACAAAGCAUUGUAAUUAUUUUCUUUUUGGAAACACUUCAUCCAAUUGGCAUAGCAUUAUUAAUUUUGUAUAGCCUGCCAAAAUUUAGUUCUGUGGAUGCUGCUGCAGUUUCUUGUUGUAUUUAUUUUAUUCCUGCUCUUUUAAAUUUAUUUACUCAAAAACACAGAAGUGCAACUAAUAUAUCUGUACUAGUUAUAGUAUGCAAUGGUUUGGCUCUAAUUGCUCAAGGGUCAGGAUUGAUCUUAUAUUCUCUGUUAAAUAAUUUACAAUCUUCUCUAACAUGGAUUUUUCCUAUAGCACUUUUAUUAUCUUCUUGUCGUUGGUGGUAUAAUUAUGUAUCUCAUAAUAGCUACGGUGAUUUUAUAAGAUUAUUAGCAAGAAAUAAAUUGGAUGUACUGAAUAAUUGUCGUGCAUUACAAGGAUAUGUAGCAUCUUGGAGAUGUUUAAUUUUUGUUUUAAGUGCUAUAAUAAUUUUGGUUUUUGAAGAAAUUCAGAUACAAGAAUUUUUUGGACUUCCAUGGCAGAGUGGAUAUAACAUAGAAUUAAUAGAAAUGUUCAAUCCUCCUCUUAAGAGUGGUAUUGUAGAUACUAUUAUAGAUACUUCUGCACCUUUAUAUGCCUUUUUGAUACAAAUAUUUUGUUCUUUCUUCACAUAUCAAGCAGCAAAAUUUGCAUAUCAAACACAAAUGCAUAAAUUUGGCUUUGCACUUCCAAUAAGUUUAGUUACUCCAGCGACAAUCUUAUCAAUAAUUAUGCUUGGCUUUUUAAGAAAAGAAGAUUCGUGUGCUUUUUAUGAUUUAAUACCAGAUUAUUUAUUUUUAAAUAUACCUAAAUACAACAAUAUAACAGAAUAUCUCUUAAGCUGGCGUAUUUGGUGCUGGAUAAUAUGGUGGUUGUCACAAAUUUGGAUUACAGUGCAACUUUGGUUAGAUGAAAAUGAAAGACUUGCUCCUGUAGAGAAAAUCUUUUGUUAUUCUAGUUAUGAUUCAUUCUUAAUUGAUCAGUUCUUGGGAUUAAAUAAAAGAAAACAUGAAACUUAUGUUAUCAAAGAAGAAGAUCUCUCACAUUCUAGUAUAAAAUUUGAGAUUGGUAGUUCAAAAAAUAUACAAAUGACUAAUUCUCAAUCAACACUUUCUAAAAGUAAUAUAAGUAACAAAAGAAAUACUUGUGUUACUCAAAUUUAUGCUUGUGCAACCAUGUGGCAUGAAAAUAAAAAAGAAAUGAAUGCAUUGAUUGGAAGUAUCUUAAGAUUAGAUAAAGAUCAGUGCGCUAUGAAAGUUACACAGAAAUAUUACAAAAUUUUUAUCAACGAUUAUUAUAAACUCGAAACCCAUGUCAUGUUUGAUGAUGCAUUUUGUUGUAUGCAUAACUGUAUUGGAUCUUGUGAUCAUAAUGAAAAUGAAACUCAAGUAAAUGAAUAUGUAGCAACAUUUAUAGAAACAAUGCAAGAAAAUAUAAAAAGUCUUGGCAUACUUGAUUUACCACCAAUUAAAUAUCCAACACCUUAUGGUGGUCAAUUAGUUUGGAAUUUACCUGGAAAGACACGUCUAACAGUACACCUUAAAGAUAAAAAUAAAAUCAGAUACAGAAAACGUUGGAGUCAGGUCAUGUACAUGUAUUAUCUUCUUGGUUACUGUUUUAUGAGCUCAUCAAUAGAUGUUGAUACUAAAGAAUUAAUAGCAGAAAAUACUUACAUUCUAACAUUAGAUGGAGAUGUUGAUUUCCGUCCAACAGCUGUUAAAGCAUUGAUAGAUUUAAUGAAGAAAGAUAAAGAAUUAGGUGCCGCUUGUGGAAGAAUACAUCCCAUAGGAAGAGGUCCCAUGAUUUGGUUCCAGAAAUUUGAAUAUGCUGUUGGACAUUGGCUUCAAAAGUCAACAGAACAUACAAUUGGCUCUGUUCUUUGCAGCCCAGGUUGUUUUUCUCUUUUUAGAACAAAAGCUUUAAUGCAACAUAAUGUCAUAGCUAAGUAUGCAACAAAGUCAACUGAACCCAGACAUUAUAUUCAAUAUGAUCAAGGUGAAGAUCGUUGGCUUUGUACAUUAAUUUUACAAGCUGGUUGUAAGGUAGAAUACUGUGCAGCUAGUGAUGCUUAUACACAUGCUCCAGAAUCAUUUAAUGAAUUUUAUAUUCAACGUCGACGAUGGAUUCCAUCAACCAUAGCCAAUAUUUUUGAUUUACUAGAUAAUUCAAAAGAGACUAGAAAAAUAAAUGAUAAUAUUUCAUGGCUUUAUGUAACAUACCAAGGAAUUUUAUUAGGUAGCACAAUUAUAGGACCAUCUUUUAUCUACUUUAUGAUGGUUGGUGCCUUUGUAACUUCCUUUCAAAUUGAUAACUGGUUAAGUUUUGGGGCAAAUUCGAUUCCAAUAUGCAUUUUUAUUUUAAUUUGCUUUUUUUGCAAAGAACGCAUACAGCUUAUAGCAGCAGCAGUUAUCACUGUCCUAUAUGGUAUAGUAAUGAUCGUUGUAUUAGUUGGAAUAAUAAUACAAAUAGCAGUAGAUGGAUACUUAGCACCCAAUACUCUCUUGUUUUUUAUUGUAAUUGGUCAAUUUGUGUUAACAGCUUUUUUCCAUCCUCAGGAAUUAUCAUGUUUACCAAAUGCAAUUAUUUAUUAUAUUACUGUACCUUCUAUGUACAUGUUACUCAUAAUUUUUUCUAUCUUCAACUUACAUAAUAUUACAUGGGGGACUAGAGAAUCAAAGUCACAAAGACAAGCAUUAGAACAGCAAAAUAUAAAAACAAAGAAAUCCCAACUUGAACAACAAAGUGAAACCAUUACAAACAAGUGGAUGAAAUUUUCUGUACCCAAUUUAUUUAAAUGUAGUUUUUGUACAUAUAUGAAUUCUAAACAAGAAGAAGAAUACUUAGAAGUUAUUUAUAAUUCUAUAAAUGAAAUUAAUCUCUAUUUGAAGAAAAUAGAAAGGUAUUAAAUUAGUGAGAAAUCAAACGUAUUCAAGUUUGAUUACACAAUAUGCAAUAUACCCAAUAACAAUACAGAAGAAAAAAGUAGUAAUCAAAGUCAAACAUGCAGUGAACAAAUAAAAUUACAAGUUUCUGAACAUUUGAGCACAAGAACAGAUUCAGAAAUUGAAUCUUCAGAACAAAUUUCUACCAGUGAUCACCAAGAAGAAUCAAAUUAUUUAAUAAAUCCUUAUUGGUUGCAAGAUGAACGUUUAAAAGAUGGAAAAACAGAUUUCCUCUCAUAUACAGAAGAAGAAUUUUGGAAACAAUUGAUUAGAAAGUAUUUGCAUCCUAUUGAAAAUGAUAUGGAGAAACAACAAAAAAUCGCAAAGGGAUUGAUAAGUAUACGUAAUGAAUGUCUUUUAAAAUUCUUUAUGAUAAAUACACUAUUUGUUGUAGCAAUAUUUUUAUUGCAAAUAAACAAAAAUAUAUUGCAUGUUCAAUGGCCUUUUGCUGUUGUAUAUAAUAUUACUUAUAUUGAAUACGAAUAUGAAGUACAUAUACUCAGAACAUAUAUGCAUUUGGAACCAAUUGGAUGUCUCUUCAUUGUUGCAUUUGUUUUCAUUUUAUUUAUACAAUUCUUAGCUAUGUUGUGUCAUCGAUUUAAUACAUUUGUCCAUGUACUUGCUAAUGUGAAACUAGACUUAUUCUAUUCUAGGAAGAAAAAACAAGUAUCAGAUGACUUAAUUACUAAUACAAAUGCAAAAAAUAUAGCUGAAGGUCUCCAAAAUAUAACAGAAGAUCAGGCAAUACUUAAUGCAAACAACAAUGUUCCUCCAAGGAAACGUAAAAUUAUUAGAGAAUUAAUAGAAGAUACACAAGAUUCUAUAAUAGAGAGGUCUUCCAAUUUUGAAGUAAUAUUUAAUAAAAAAUUAAGACAUCCUGAUAUAUUUGGACUUUCUAGAACAAUAUCUUCAAGCAUACCAAAAGAUGUAUUGGAAGCAUUUGAAAAACAUCGUUCAAACGUUUUGGCAAAACAUAACAAAUUACAAUCUCACAAUACUGUACUUAAUGAUAUAAAGGAUGAGAAUUUGUCAGAACAUCAUGUAUAUGAUAAUCCAGCAUUUUUAGAUGACAGUAAUGAGUAA